CAACAUAAACCUUCUUUAAUCUGCCCUAAACCCAAAGAGCUUCAAACCCUUCUCUUUUUCUUUGUGUGUGUGUGUAACACAAACAUGGCUAGCAAUGUGGUGUUAGCUUCUUCACAGCAACCCAAGAAGGGUGACCUGAGCUUGUUCGCCUUGUCGGACGUCGAGAUCAUGAAUCAAAUCUAUGCUACCCACGUCCACAAUGAUGAAAAGUUUGAUGUUGAAUCUCUUUUCAUCGUCGUCGAGAACAUCCUUAAGCGUGCCACCCAGAUCGUUGAUAAUGUUGUGCUGGGUACCCCAGCAACAGUGGAACACUUGGAGGAGAAGACCCCCAAAGCAGGUUUUAGCCCACCCUUGUGUACGCUGAAGAGCAUUUCCUGUGAGAUGCAAUGCAAGGCUCCAGGAGAGGCAACUGCUUACAAAACAACACUGUCAAUACUCAACAAGUUAUCAAACUACUCUUGGGAUACAAAAGCAGUGCUGACUCUUGCGGCUUUUGCUUUGGACUAUGGCGAGUUCUGGCUGCUUGCCCAAAGCCAGUCAACGGACCAACUCGCCAAAUCUGUGGGAACCCUGAGGAGGGUAUCCGUCCUCUUAAAGCGCCCAACCCUGCAGAAACACAGGCAGGCACUCAUUGAGCUUAACACUGUCAUCAAAUCCACUCUAGAAGUGAUUGAAUGCAUCUUUGAGCUGGAGAAGCUGUCGAAUUAUGACACAAAGGAUGUCCCAGCACUGUCAACCGGCAUGGACCAUAUCCCAGUUGAUGUUUUCUGGGCUAUUGUGACUGUUGUUGCGAGCACCACUCAGCUCUGUUGCCUCAGAGGAGACUAUGACAAGAAGCAGGAACUCUCCCAGUUUUCUCAGAAACUCAACGUCAUCCUCACCAAACUCAAGAGGCAGAUUACAAUUUGCAGGCAACAAAUAGAGGAGACAGAGGCUUACUGGAAGCUGACGAAGCUUUUUCGUACCCCUACGGAGAUCAUGGAGGUAUUUAAGGGACUGAUUUAUUCCAAGGACAACGGGCAGCCCUUGGUUGAUGGUUCUACCAAAAAACCGGUUAACAUUGAUAUACUGAAAAGGAAGAACGUGUUACUGUUCAUUUCGGGCCUAGACAUAACCGAUGAAGACAUUUCAAUCCUGAGGCCAAUUUAUGAUUCAAUAAGGAAGGAUAAUCAGUACAAGAUUGUAUGGAUCCCAAUUGUGGACCAAUGGACCGAUGACCUGCAAAAGAAGUUUGAGUUCUUGCGGUCGAAGAUGCCAUGGUACGUGGUGCAGUGCUUUUCACCAAUAGCAGGCAUCCGUUUCGUGAAGGAGAAGUGGCACUUCAAGGGCAAGCCCUCCGUUGUGGUGUUGAACCCGCAAGGAAAGGUGGAACAUGAGAAUGCAAUCCACAUGAUCAGAGUAUGGGGAAUCAAGGCCUUCCCUUUCACCACUGUAGUGGAAGAAACUUUGUCGAAUGAUAGGGAAUGGAUUGGCUCCAUAGCUACCAACGUUCACCCAAAUAUUGAUAACUGGAUCAAAGAUCAGAAGUACAUCUUUUUUUACGGGGGCAAGGACAACGAGUGGAUCCAACAAUUUACCAAAAGAGCAACCGCCCUUGCCAAUGAUGCAACAAUAAAGGAAGCAAGGAUUUCCAUUGAGUUGGUGAGCGUUGGAAAGGGCAGCAAAGGAGAGGACCACCUCGGCAUCCUCGGCAAAUUCUGGACCGGCAUUGAAAGCUUGUUCAUUUCCAAGACUCAUAGGAAGACCGACGCCGACUCUGUGACGCUAGAAAUCCAGAAACUACUUUCCUACAAGAAUGAGAGCGGAUGGGCUGUGUUGAGCAAAGGAUCGAAUGUGGUACUCAGUGGCCACGGCACAACUAUUUUGAAGGUGGUGGAGGAGUUUGACAAAUGGAAGGAGUUUGUGCGCGAGAAGGGCUUCGAAUUCACAUUCAAAGAGUACCACAACAAGGUUCUCCACACUGCUCACAUAUGCUGCCGCAUUGACAUCCCAAAUACCAGUGGGAGAAUUCCAGAGAACAUGAAGUGCCCCAACUGUCCCCGCAUCAUGGAGACGUAUAUCAGUUUCAAGUGCUGCCACAUUGAUGGUGCAGCCAACGGAGUGCAUUAAGUGGCCACUUUUAUUCGGACAAGUAUUGCUAAUUAAAUAACGUGGUCCACGUGGAAGUUUGUGACUGAAUGCUACUACUAAGAUGAGUUGUGAACUUGUGUUGUGACCCUUAAUUAAUAUUUAUGUUUUCGUAUGAUGUUUUCUGAUGAUGCCAUUAGAAAAUGGGAGAUGUGCGGUUAUUUGGUUUUGGUUUUCCUUUCUUUUGGUUUGUGAAAGGAAAUGUUUGUGUAUUCGGUGGGUAUCGAUGUUGAAUUGAACUACUAAGUUGUAUCCUAUUGGUUUUCAUAUUGAAGGGCAUUGCUUUUAUGCACAAUAUUCUACUACCAACCCCCACCCCCUCUUUGAUUUCA